AUGUCGACCCUUAGGCUCGCAACAGCUGCUAACAUACGCGCUUUCCAAAUUUUGACCGAUGCUCUUAGUGCAAGCGACAGUAAGUCUACGGAAGAAGUAGACGGCGAUGUGCUCGAGGACGAGAUCGGAAGGUUCAGAGUAUGGGCUGGUAAUCUGGGUGCGCUGCAGAAAGGUCACAGCUCGCUAGACUACAGGCUACGCGACUCCCCGAAUCUGCUUAGCAGUGCACUCAAGCUUCUGAAUGAGCUCAAGCACAACCUCAAUGAGACCUUCGCAGUCAUAUCCGGAGCUCGUCUACCUUUCGAGGCGCAAACAUCGACGGAAGAAGUUGAGGAAGAUGAAAACGACGAUGGGUUCUUCAGCGAAGAAGACGACAGUGAUAGUGAUGGACCUAGGAGCGAGUUGAAGAUGAGGUUUGAGGAGGUGGUUGACAUCAUCGACAAUCUCUACAAGCUUAGCGUACGCAUCAGAACGCCUAGCAUACACUCAAGAUCACUUAAAGCUUCCUCUUAUAUGCCAAAAGAUCCAGAGACCGGAGUGGAUAUCCUUGAUGCUUAUGCUGAGUUGGACAGAAAGCAUGUUCAGGAGCUACUCCUGCAAUUACGAAAACAGCAUCCUUCGGGGGCUCAAGAAGAACAAGCCUCUCUGGUUGAGAGGCUAAGCUCCUCUAUCACGCUACGUAGGCGGCACUUCAAGUACUGGAAGCGACAUCGUGACAAACUUGGCGCUUCCGCAAUUCCUGAAGAGGCACCGGAGCCUGUCGUACCUGCUUCACGUGAGGCACCUAACACAACCCGUAAUGACAACCUCGAAGCCUUUCCAACAACCCCGAUGAUCACCACCUCGAGACCGACGCCAAGCCAGAAGACCGGCAAGACUCUCUUGUCAGGCACGGAAGCGACACACCAUCAUCAGUCUCUAGAUGACAUAGUGGAUACCAAGUCGGUGACAAGCUACGCUGUGACAGUGAGGGAUCUGCACGGGAAAGGCAUUGAAUUACCGCCUCCGCCCAAAGCUGCCAGCGGCGACAAAGACUUCGAGUGUCCAUAUUGUUGGAUCGUUUGCCCUGCAAGAUAUGGCAAAGGACGAGCUUGGAAGACGCAUCUGCUACAAGAUCUGCAGCCAUAUAUCUGUACAUACCAGGACUGCGAGAGCUCUCAACAGCUCUUCCGUAGUCGCCGGGAGUGGGCCGAACACGAAGCGACUCAUCGUAAACUGUGGCGAUGUCCAGAACACGCAGCGGCCUUGUUUAGCUCUGUUUCUGGUCUUGAGAACCAUCUUCGACAAGACCAUAAUGGCAACUUCCCUGAAGAUCAGAUAACAGUCAUCGCCAAAAUCGGGGAGACGACAGCGAUGGAUACACGCACCAAGUGUCCGAUCUGUUAUGUACCCACAGAUACUGCCGGUCUAGAUGAUUUACAGAGCCACAUCGCAAACCAUCUGGAACGCUUCGCUACCUUCGCACUGCCUCACGGGAGGGAAGACGACGCGGACGGGGCAAGCAGCGUCGCAAGCCGUGGGACUUCCAACUCUCAGUCUCUGCCCGACUCAGUCCGCACAGACACAAGCACAGACAAAAUCGAGCUAGAAGAUAUAAAAUUGGAGAAUUCUUCUGAGGUCCGUCAUGUAAACGAGCCUGGUCAGAGUUUACUGUCCGCAGAGAGAUUGCAGCAACUUCCCGACGAGAGUCAUAAUCGGUUAGCGAUGAUCGCAAGCCAAUCGAAUGAUCUGGAGGAUUCGGAAGAUGAGCAAUCUGAUGAUCAGCAGGUUGACGAAGACGUAUCGCUUUCACACAAGAAACACCUAGACCAUGUGGAAGCAUUCAGACAACAUGUCCUGACCCUUCCAGGGGCCUUGUCCGUUCGAUUCUAUCGACGCUAUGGUUCCUGGCGUGGCUCGAUAACUUUCGCUGAUGAUUGGGUUGGUGAGGAGGCGCUGAAGGUCUUCGAUACUCAGCGUUUCCCCAACAUGGAUUUCAAACCCAAAAAGGACACGACCAAGUGGAAUUUCACCAGGAUCAACCCACCAAAUAAAAAAGAGCAUACAUUGAAUCGCCAGUCAACGGCGGAUACACAGGCUACCGAAGAUGCUGAGACAUUUUCAACUGGAUCUGAGCUGUACGACCAAGAAGCUGAAGAUUCAGAAAAACAAGCAAUCAUCUCGACAGCCGACAUCCCCACAUUGCGUUCCCUGUACCAAUCUCGGCGGCUGUUGCAGCGCGAUCAGAGCUUUGCGCCAAACGAUGCCUAUAACCAGAUGAUCUCGUUCUGUCAUUACGAUCUGACAAGGCUGAGAGUAGAUGCCAUCGUCAAUAAUGCUCCAUCUAACUUCAAGGCCCAACCUGAUCCAAAAUCGUUGCAUUAUGUUAUAUACCAAAGAGGUGGAUCAGGUCUCAGAAAUGAGGCAAGAUCAAAGCCUAGAGUCAAGGCGGGUCAGGUCGAGCUCACUCAUGGACACGAUCUUCCGGCUUCGUGGGUGAUACAUGCUGCAGCGCCAACAUAUACCGGUUCCAAAGGUGUCGGUCAAUUCAACAUUUUGAGCGCGUGCUAUCGUGAGGCUCUGAAAACAGCUGCUACUUACGAACUCAAGACGAUCGCUUUUCCUUGCCUAGGCACUGGAGGUUGCAUGUUUCCGCCACGUGUUGCUGCACGCAUAGCGCUGCAAGAGAUCAGAGAAUAUCUGGACGCACAUCCUGAGCAUCGCCCCGAGCGAAUUAUCUUUUGCGUAAAAGCAGCGAUCGAUGAGAAGGCGUACACAGACUUCUUACCGGUCUUCUUUCCACCUACGCAUGGAGAUCUCGACAGAGCGAGAACAUUGGACUGGUCAGCGAAUCGCGCCGCGUUAUCGGCUCAAAUACUAGAGGCACGUUCACAGCUUCAAAAGGCCUUAACUGACAUGUCCGAUACCUACGUUUUUAGAUCGCAGACUGCUGAGACUAACGCAUGUGCCCAUGAUAUGGGGAGGAUCGAUUUUGCGCUGUUGUCCAUGCGCAACUAUCUUUUGGGAUCAAGGGAGCUUAAGCGGAGUCUUGGAGAUCUCAAUCUACUGUGCUCUGUCAUUUCAACCGCAUGUAGUACCAUAUCGGAGAUCGCAGAACGAGCGAAAGAAGUAGGCUUCACCAAGGAGGAGCAAAAUUUCUGGGACGAAGCCAACACUGGUAUGCAAGCCAGCCAUGGAUUCGAUCUUUCGACUCUCUUCGACUAUUGCUGGAUGUUUGCGAACAGCUUAGAUGGCGUCAUAGGAGGCGAUAGGAAGGAACCGGAUUCGAUGGCAAGAGCACGGCAAGUCUUGGAGAACUACGCUGUCAAACAGAAAAGUCAAGAUGCGAAAGGUAUCCGCGAUCAUUUGGACGAAGUCAUACAUGUGCGCAAAUCCGAAGCACCUAUCUCGAACAAUCGGGAAAUCAUCCAAGUUCAUCAGAUACCUUCCGUUGCGCGGCUCUAUCUACUUGGCGACCUUGAGGCCAAGCCAACGAUGGCGCAACCGUCCACUUCAUUCAACCAUACUGUCUGCUUGCUAAGAGAAGACAUCACCAGACUUGCAGUCGACGUUUUGGUCAACUCUACUGACGUUUCCUUUUCCGGCAUGGGUACCUUGGAUCGCACGGUUUUCAAGAAAGGUGGGCCGGGACUACGUUGGGAAGUCGAAGCUGAGCAGAUCGGACCAUGCAAAGAAGGUGACGUCAAAGUAACUCCUCCUUUCCUCCUACCAGCCAAGCACGUUGUUCAUGUCGUCCCGCCUGGUCAAUUCAGAAAGGAUACCAAGACGAUCUUGAGAGGCAUCUACCGGGAGAUUCUACACACUGCCGUGGAACUGAGGGCGAGAUCCGUCGCGAUACCCAGCAUUGGAACUGGUAUGCUGAAUUAUCCGCGACGUGACUGCGCAUCAUUAGCCAUGGAGGAAGUGAAACGAUUCCUUGAAUCCGCAGAACGGGCUAAUGGUCUCGACAAGAUCAUCUUCGUGGUCUUUUCCUCCAAUGACGAGUUCGUCUACAAGAGCCUUCUGCCGGUCUACUUUCCGCCGCCGAAACGCAGGGUUUCCGAUGCAUCACAACGCGAGGAGCAGACCUCCGCUCAACACCAGGCAGCGAUGACCAUAGAUGACCACAUGCGAAAAGAAGCUGAGCGAGAAGAGAGAAAACACGAGAUACGAGGAAGAUUUGCACAAGAUACCUCACUUCCAGCGUCUGUUCGACAAACUGAUGAGACCCGAGAAGACUCGUCUUCAUCAAACCCAUCUGCUACAAUUCUUCCUGCCUCAUCUGACUUGCGGAAGCUGUCGGAGGUCAAUGAGGAAGUUAGACAGAUGCGUUACCGACAAAUCAUUCAACAGACGCAGAUGUGGACCCACGAGUCCCGCCCCAUGGAUAAAAGCGAAGAACAUGCCUUUUUCCAAUUCGAAUCGCAUGUUGAUGACUGUGAUACGUGUCAUAAUGGAUUGUAUGAGAGGCGCCAUGAACUCUGCCAACAGGGCUACCGUCUUGGAGAAGAUAUAUGGCAGCGUGUGGAAAUGUCUCCACAUGCAAACGUCCAUGCCAGAAGAGAUAGAUACAAAUUGGAGGUACCAGCGGAUCGUUUGCCUAGCUCCAUGCUUUUGCUCUCGACUAUCGCGCAAAGCGCUACGCAAAGCACACAGAUGGAAAGUGGCCUCGGAUAUCCGUUCUUCCAGACAGUCACACCUCGCGAGGCAAAAUCAGAGGACCCAGCUCAUGAAGAUGAGAAUGCAUCACACCAUUUCGCAAUUGAAGCUGAGGGCUCCACUGCGUCAAUUACAGAGCCACCUGCGGUAGUCCAUGCAUCAGUCCUUGCUCCGUUGACAUUGGAGGAUUGGGUGCCCUCCAUUCUCUAUAUCUAUCAGAGCAAGAUCGAGCUAUAUCGUGCAGGUUAUUAUUCUGAAGGCAAUCCGUAUGCGACAAUAGAUCUCGCUGGCGCAAAUUCAUCUUUGACGCGAGGCGCUACAUUGAACUACUCUAAUCAGCAGGCGCAGGCUAGAGCCGCAGACUAUCAGCAAGCGCUGGCGUACCACCACUGGAUGUUGCAGCAUGGCCACCCGAACCACCCACUGCCUUCCCUCCAAAUUUUCCAAGGUCCAGAUGCUUCCGCUGUGCGUCUACCUCCACAUGCAACGUCUUUGUUUGUGGUAAAACGGGGAGAGAUGGAAGGGAAAGGAACACAGGGAGUGAAGUUGACUCGAAUGAUGGAACGAUGGCAUUUUCUCGACGCACUAGAUCCAGCGCUGUUCGACGCUCUUAAACGGCUUGUCAAGCGUAACAACAAGACCCAGAGAGAUCUGGCAACGCUUUGGACAAUCGGAGACGAAACCGACAAAGACUACCUCAAUAAGCGGGACAAGGGCCUGCAGCCUUCCGCUCAUGUCUCGAAAGAUGUCGCGUCCAGCUCAGGCAGUGAACCAGAUGAUAUGAAACCGACUUUAGAAGAGGACAUAGAGUCCGAAAAGAUUCUGGCAUAUCUUUCCCUUGAUCUAAGGACACGAAGUGGCUCCUACAUAGGGCAAACCACCAACAUGAUUGCUGACGCAGCUGAUAUUGAGGUUGGUGUGGUCAACACGGUAUUGCACACCCUUGCUGCACAUGGACGCGUGCACAACACUAUCAAUGACGAUACCUGGGUUAUCUCGGAAGAGGCUAAGGAGCUUCCUCCGAUUGAACAAGAGCCCCAACCACCAGAACCCGAGAUUGAAAUCUUCGACCCCAACAUCUUCAAGCCUCGCCAACAAGAUCGCGACGUCUUACAAGACUGGGAGGACAGGUACUCUGCCGAGCCAGUCUCUCAAGCUGACUUCUUCGCGCCGAAAGAGCUUCUAAGCGAUGAUUACCUAUCCACUUCAGCCAGUCCGCUUACUCUAACUCCAAUUGAUCAAAUAGUAUUAUGCUUGAGUCGUAAAGGCCAAGGGCUAUCUCUUAAGGAUCUUGCCCUCGAACUUCAAGCUCCUUCUUCAAGAAUUCUGACGAUGAUACAUCGAUUAGCACAGGACAGAUACAUCGCCAGUGGACCUGAUGAACACACGUGGAUUCUGACCGACUUGGGCGAGCAAAAGGCAGUCGAGAUACGAGUGAGAGGGGAAAGAGACGCCAUGCGAGACACUGAAAAGUUGACCCCGGAUGAGAAUUCAUCAAGCGACCUAUCCGAACGCGCGCUGUCUUACUUGAAAAGCCUGCCUGGAUUAAUCGAAAACAUAUCGAAUCUCGCAACUACUUUUGAUACCCCAGUCGCAGAGCUUCGACCAGUGCUCGACAAGCUGGAGUCUGAGGGUUUGGUAGAGAACAAGGAUGAUAAGUCCAAUUGGACGGCGACGCUCUCAACAAACAACCAAGCUACUGUUCCAGAUCCAUCGAUGUACACCAGGGAUCUUCGAACAGCUUCACCGCAACCACAACAUACACCGUCGCUGAAUCUCAUCUUACCUACGCCUCCCGGAAGUCCUACGGCUUCUGUGCAUAGUGCAUCACCAGUAGCAGAUUCUGUCGUGGAGACUAGACACAACAACGACGUAUCAAGCAGAGGAAAGUCCAGGGUAAGCUGGGGCGAAAACCAGUUCCAUAACUUUGAUCUCCCAAAUCUACCGUCCUACCGCGAACAGUUCUUUUCUGAUGACGACCUCAAGUCGCGCGAAUCAAAGCAUCCGGCCGACAGUGAGCCUGCUCCAGGAAUUGACCGCGAGCAAGACCUCGCAACAAUCGAUCCGGAACCUAAAUCCCCAAAGGUAGAGGCAGGACAGACACGACUAGAAGAGGAGGCUGAGACCCUCGAUACGAGUAGAGAGAGUAGCUCAAAAGACGAUAGCGGUGCAAAUGAAAGAAAACAGACCGAGCGAGUCGCUGAUGAGGCUCAGAAACAUGUGGCACGUGUUUCGAUCGAGACAAAAGGGUCUAUAGAAGGAUCCAGCUGGAGAGAUGGAACGGGUGCGAAACAAAGGAAACAGACCAGAUCCACUAGAGAAAUAGCAGAAGAUAUUGAAGAAGAUCUGCAAGCAGGUACAGCAAGUAGCUUGAGACGAGCCAGGAUGGCAAAGGAAAAGAAACACAAAAAGUCGAGUAGAGCAUCAGCAGAAGAUAUCGACGAUGAAUUGGAGUGCUACGAUGGGCAGGAGGAAGACUACGUAGAUAAUGAGCAGGAGAAGGUGAAGGGUUAG